AUGGCGGCCACGGUAUGGGCUAAAUUUGCGGCGCUCACAGUGGUGGUCUUGAUCGCCUUUCUUUCAUAUUCAUCUCAAUAUCUCUUCUACCGCAUUGAACCUGGCCCUUUGACCCAGAAAGAGAAGAUCGUCUUCAAUGCACUGGUUGCAUGUAUAUGGAUUUGCUACGCACGUGCUUGUAUCACUGAUCCCGGACGAGUUCCGCUGGAUUGGGCCGAUGCCACCGAAACGAGACAGAGGUAUUGUCGCAAAUGCGAGGCCAUCAAACCUCCGCGAUCACAUCAUUGCAAAGUUUGCCAAAGAUGUAUCCCGAAGAUGGACCAUCACUGUCCUUGGACCGUCAACUGUGUAUCUCAUUUCACUUUCCCUCACUUCGUGCGGUUCCUGUGGUACGCAGUUUCUGCAAUGUGCUAUCUGGAGUACUUUUUGUACGUACGAGCGGAAGUCGUUUGGCAGAACCGAAUGCUCCCCAGUUACCUAGGCCCUUCCAUAACACAACUCCUUCACUUAUUCAUUUUGAUCCUUGUCAACUCACUAACUCUGUUUUUGGUCUCAAUCACCUUCCUCCGUACUGUCUGGGGCCUCGGGGCCAAUGUCACCACCAUCGAGAGCUGGGAAAUUGAACGUCACCAUCAAUUACUUCGACGGGCUCGAGUCCUUGGAGGAUAUUUAGAUGGUCCGGAUGGCGUCAGAAUCAAGAUGGUCCGACAAGAAUUCCCAUACGACAUAGGGAUCUGGAACAACAUUGUCCAGGGUAUGGGUUCCGCGAACCCCAUCGCCUGGUUUUGGCCCUUCUCGGCGACUCCAAAGACCAGUGGGUCAACCUUUGAGACGAACGGAUUUGAAGAUCCAGGUACAACUUGGCCACCGCCAGAUCCUGAUCGAAUGCCACGAAUGGACCGCCCUCUGGAUCCUCAUGAUGCUUUUGUCCACCAUCACCCUGGCCCCUCUCCAAGCGAUGAAAUGAUAGCAUUCAAGCAGCGGCAACAGGUUGACGUUCAACAACGUCCUGACCACUACGGCGUCCAGCGAAGAAAACCAUUUCACAAACGCUUUGAAGCCGAUAAUGCUGAGGAUGAUGAAGAUGCACAGAGCGGCGAGGAAGGCUGGCAGGACUCGGGCGGAAAUCGACUGAAAGACUACGGCAUAGAUGAAGAUGCCGAGUUUUACGAUGAAGACAACAUCCCCAUUGCUGAAUUAUUGAAACGACGGAGAGAAAGGCGUUAA